CUUUGACCCAGAGGAAACACAGAGAACAGGAAGAGGGAAGAAGACAGAACAGAUAGAAAAUAACUAUCUAACCUUCUAUACCUCAUUCCUUCAUUUUUAUAUAUGUUCCCUCUAAACAUCUGGCAUAGAGGUAAAGACAACAAAUAACACUCUUAUUCUCCUGCGUUUGUUUCUAAUUUGUUUUUCUGCAUAGAUAGAUCUCCAUAAGAAGCAAGGCUUGACAAAAGUAUCGUCACCAUUCUCCUACAUAUUUCUGCCCCCUCUUGUGCUCUCAAAGCAUAGCAGGGGGCGGCGAUAAUUGUGGAGCUCCAAAAUCAUAUAUAACAUCAAAUAGCCUGAUACAAACAAGUCAUAAAUAAAACCCAGCAACAAGCAUUAUGUCUCCAAGCACAUUCAGAAAAGCAAUUGGGGCAGUGAAAGAUCAAACAAGCAUAGGCCUAGCCAAGGUUGGAAGUAGCACCUCACUUGCUGACCUUGACAUAGCCAUUGUGAAGGCAACAAGGCACAAUGAAUACCCGGCUGACGAGAAGCAUAUAAGGGAGAUUCUGAGCUUAACAUGUUACUCUCGCGCGUACAUCAGCGCGUGCGUGAACACCCUCUCAAGGCGGUUGAGCAAGACAAGCAGUUGGACAGUGGCUUUGAAAACACUUAUCUUGAUCCAGAGGUUGCUGGCAGAUGGUGAUCCGGCGUACGAGCAAGAGAUGUUCUUCUCGACGCGGCAAGGGACUCGCCUUCUCAACAUGUCUGAUUUUCGAGACAAAUCGAAAUCUAACUCGUGGGACUUCUCUGCGUUUGUCCGCACAUAUGCUUUGUAUCUGGAUGAGAGGCUUGAGUACAGGAUGCAGAAUAGGCGUGGAAGGCGUAGCAGGUUUUCUCUUGAUGAGGAUGAGGAACCCAAGGAAAGUUUUAGAGAAAGAUACAGAGAAAGAGCCAGAGAAAGAGACAGGGAUAGCGAUAGAGAUAGGGAAGUUGUUGUGAGAGCCACACCAUUGCCUGAAAUGAAGAAUGAGCAACUAUUUUCCAAAAUGCAGCAUUUGCAGCUACUGCUUGAGCGCUUUUCAGCUUGCCGCCCUACAGGGAAAGCAAAGACCCAUCGACUUGUUAUAGUGGCUCUCUACCCAAUUGUGAAGGAGAGCUUUCAAAUAUAUCGUGACAUGACAGACAUACUAGGUAUCUUCAUUGAUCGUUUAACUGACAUGGAGGUACCCGAUUGCAUCAAGGUGUAUGACAUUUUCUGCCGUGUUGGAAAGCAGUACGAUGAACUAGAGUCUUUUUACAGCUGGUCCAAGACUAUUGGAAUUGCACGCUCCUCAGAAUACCCAGAGAUUGAGAGGGUCACAACCAAGAAGCUAGAUGUCAUGGAUCAGUACAUCAAAGACAAGUCCAUGUUAGAACAAACUAAGAAGAACAAUCCCCAAGAGAAAAAGAAUGAAGAAGAAGAUCCAGAACCAGAACCAGAAGAGGAUAUGAAUGCAAUCAAGGCCCUGCCGGCACCAGAAGAAUUCCAUGAGGAACCGGCAGAAGAAGUUCAGGAAGAGACAAAGGAAGAGCCAGAAGAAGAAAAAAUAGUGCAAACAGAAGGAGAUCUAUUAAAUUUAGGAGACACUACAUUGGACAGUCAACAAGAUGUGGACAAACUAGCCUUGGCGUUAUUUGAUGGAGUUGCACCAGCAACGAGCACCACCCAAGCUCUUCCAUGGCAUGCUUUCGAUGACACUGGGGAUUGGGAAACAGCGUUGGUCCAAUCAUCUAGCAACUUGUCCAACCAGAAACCAGCAUUGGGUGGUGGCUUCGAUACAUUGUUGUUGGAUGGCAUGUACAAACAUGCAGAAACAAAUGCAGCUAUGCAAGGGCUAGGUUAUAACGGCAGUGCAAGCAGCCUCGCGCUAGGGUCGGCUGGAGGGCCUGCGAUGCUAGCAUUGCCAGCCCCACCAAUAUCUGGGAGUGGCUCAGGUUUAAUAAGUUUAGAUCCGUUUGCAGCUUCGCUGGCCAUGGCACCUCCAGCUUAUGUGCAAAUGUCAGAGAUGGAAAAGAAACAGAGGUUAUUAGUGGAGGAACAGUUAAUGUGGCAGCAAUAUGCAUAUGGUGGCAUACAAGGACAAGCUCCAUUCGCAAGACCACAAUCCAACAAUAUCUACAUGGGAGGGCAUGGGCAUUCACAAUACUAUGGCAAUUAUCAUUAUUAAUUAGGAUAAUUUAUCACUAGUUCGAACUGACCCAACUUCUUCUCUUUGCCCCCUCUUCCAAGGUGCAGUAAAUGUUAACCAGCUCACUAGAAAAGUUUGUUACUGAACUUGUUGCAAUUGAACAAACACUCACAAGUGUAAAGACAAUUACUCUGUUUUAUCUGCCCCCUCCCCUUUAUAUGACUAGAAUAGCAAAUUAUUUAUUA